UCCCCUACGCUACAAUGUAGCCGGUCACCUCAUGACUCCGGAGGAAAGUGUCAGCAGAAGCCACAACUCCGGGAUGACUCACCAUGGAGUCCUCAGCGCCUUCCACCGCCCUGCGCACAGCCCCGGGCUCCCCGCAGCGACACCGCACAGAGGGAAGUUCUCGGAGAUCCCAGGCAGAACCGUAAAGGAAGAUUCCGCCCAGGCCGAGGCUCCCCCGGCCACGCUGGCUCCACGUCCAUGAGCCCAUCGGCAGCCUUGUCCACAGGGAAGCCCAUGGACGGCCACCCCAGCUACACGGACACCCCUGUGAGUGCUCCACGGACUCUGAGUGCGGUGGGCGCCCCCCUCAAUGCACUGGGUUCUCCGUACCGCGUCAUCACGUCUGCCGUGGGGCCGCCCUCAGGAGCGCUGGCAGCCCCUCCAGGUAUCAACCUGGUUGCCCCGCCCAGCUCUCAGCUCAAUGUGGUCAACGGGGUCAGCAUUUCCGAGGACGUCAAGCCCCUGGCCGGGCUCCCCGGGCUCGGGAACAUGAACUACCCGUCCGCCAGCCCCGGGCCGCUGGUCAAACACAUCUGCGCCAUCUGCGGGGACAGGUCCUCAGGCAAGCACUACGGCGUGUACAGCUGUGAGGGCUGCAAAGGCUUCUUCAAGCGGACGAUCCGCAAGGACCUGCUGUACACCUGCCGGGACAACAAGGACUGCCUCAUCGACAAGCGCCAGCGCAACCGCUGCCAGUACUGCCGCUACCAGAAGUGCCUGGUCAUGGGCAUGAAGCGGGAAGCCGUGCAGGAGGAGAGGCAGAGGAGCCGGGAGCGGGCGGAGAGCGAGGCCGAGUGCGCGGGCGGCGCCCAGGAAGGCAUGCCGGUGGAGCGGAUCCUGGAGGCGGAACUCGCCGUGGAGCCGAAGACAGAGUCCUACGGGGACAUGAGCAUGGAGAGCUCGGUACGUGCCCUGGGCGCCGCCACUCCCCGGCCUGGGGGCGGAGGGCGUGCUGGGCCCCGACUCCAGCCUGAGCGUGUCCCGUUUCAGACCAACGACCCCGUCACCAACAUCUGCCACGCGGCCGACAAGCAGCUGUUCACCCUGGUCGAGUGGGCCAAGCGCAUCCCGCACUUCUCGGGCCUCACGCUGGAGGACCAGGUCAUCCUGCUCCGGGCAGGGUGGAACGAGCUUCUGAUCGCCUCCUUCUCCCACCGCUCGGUCUCCGUGCAGGACGGCAUUCUCCUGGCCACCGGGCUGCACGUGCACCGGAGCAGCGCCCACAGUGCCGGCGUGGGCUCCAUCUUUGACAGAGUCCUGACCGAGCUGGUCUCCAAAAUGAAAGACAUGCAGAUGGACAAGUCGGAGCUGGGGUGCCUGCGCGCCAUCGUGCUGUUUAACCCAGAUGCCAAGGGUCUGUCCAACCCCUCUGAGGUCGAGACCCUUCGGGAGAAGGUCUACGCCACCCUCGAGGCCUACACCAAGCAGAAGUACCCGGACCAGCCAGGCAGGUUCGCCAAGCUGCUGCUGCGCCUGCCCGCCCUGCGCUCCAUCGGCCUCAAGUGCCUGGAGCACCUCUUCUUCUUCAAGCUCAUCGGGGACACGCCCAUCGACACCUUCCUGAUGGAGAUGCUGGAGGCCCCGCUGCAGGUCACCUGAGCCUCCCCGGCCGCAGCCUCCCGCCGCGGAGCUCUGGGCAGGUGUGUGGGGACCCGGUCCUGCCCACGCGCCUGCACUUCCCACCCCACCCCUUCCUGCUCCUGGAAUGUGACGUUUAUAAUAAA